GCGCUCCGGCGGUGACUCAUCGCGGGACGUGGAAAAAGCACCGAGAGGGCGAGCGAGCGGCCGGGCGGCAGCGCGGAGCCCCCCGCCGGGCCGGACGGAGCCCGCGGCCGAGCGCAGGCGGCAGCGCCCGAGCCCGAGCCCGAGCCCCAGGCCGGGCGGCGGCGGCGGAGCCCGGCGGCAGCUCCCGCGGAGUGAGGCAGGGUUUGGCAUGGUACCAUGGAGGGGCAGCACAACCACCCGCACCACCUGGGGGACCAGAACAGCGCGCUCUGCAAGCUGCCGGGCCAGGACUACCAGCAUGACCCUCAGAGACAUUUAACAUCGUACCCAUACCGCUGCACGCUGGCAGACUUUCAGAUAGAGAAAAAGAUUGGACGAGGACAAUUCAGUGAAGUUUACAAAGCAACUUGUCUUCUGGACAGAAAACCUGUGGCAUUAAAGAAAGUUCAGAUUUUUGAAAUGAUGGAUGCCAAGGCUAGGCAAGAUUGCAUUAAAGAAAUUGACCUCUUGAAGCAACUGAACCACCCCAAUAUAAUUAAGUAUUUGGAUUCUUUCAUUGAAGACAAUGAACUUAACAUUGUCCUGGAGCUGGCAGAUGCUGGUGAUCUCUCCCAGAUGAUUAAGUAUUUUAAAAAGCAGAAACGGUUAAUCCCGGAAAGGACGGUGUGGAAAUAUUUUGUGCAGUUAUGCAGUGCAGUUGAACACAUGCACUCCCGCAGGGUGAUGCACAGAGACAUAAAACCAGCCAAUGUGUUUAUAACAGCCACAGGGGUGGUGAAGCUGGGAGAUCUUGGAUUAGGCCGUUUUUUUAGUUCUAAAACCACUGCAGCACAUUCCUUAGUGGGAACUCCAUACUAUAUGUCCCCAGAAAGAAUACAUGAAAACGGCUAUAACUUUAAAUCUGAUAUCUGGUCUUUGGGCUGUUUAUUGUAUGAAAUGGCAGCUCUUCAGAGUCCUUUCUAUGGAGAUAAAAUGAACCUGUUUUCUCUUUGCCAAAAAAUAGAGCAAUGUGACUACCCACCUCUUCCAGCUGAACAUUAUUCUGAAAAGCUACGGGAGUUGGUCAGCAUGUGCAUAUACCCCGAUCCCGAUCAAAGACCUGAUAUUGGUUACGUGCACCAAAUAGCAAAACAAAUGCAUGUUUGGACCUCCAGCACUUGAACCAUCUGCAAACACUCUCAAAAGCCAGCACAGCUUAGUCUUACUUGAAUUUUUUUCUCAGAUGAAACCGACCGGUGCCUAGUCACACAAGCGAGAGGGUUGAGCACUCGUAGCAAGAUGCUCUAUUAUUUCUGCAGGUUAUUUGACAAGGACUCUUACAAGGUGGUCAUGCUUUAAAGUGAAGAUUCUGUGAGGUAUUGCAAGUGAUUUUUUUUUUUUAAGCCAAUAACAUGUUACAGUUGUAGAUCAUUUAAGGGUCCUUUCUUAAAACUGUCGUGUGUAAUCUAGGAUAGAUUAUAUUAACAAGGGUGUCAGAGCAUUUGACACACCUCUUCUAUCUUAACUGUAAUGUGAAAUAUUGAAAUAAUUCCUUCGGUGAAAUCACUUUAUACUAAUGUAAGAAUUACAGUAGAUUUUUGUGUAAUUUGUAUAACUGCUACUUUGCCUCUUCUGCAAAUGGUUAAUAGCGAAUUCAAUUUUUACUUUGUGUAUUUUAAAGCAUCCAUUUAUGUGUUUUUAUUAAUUCCCUCCUCUUCAAACUUAGAAACUGGGAGGGGCUUGGGAGGAGAGAAAUGCAUUUGUUUCAUGAUUUUUUUUUAUUUUUUUUAAACUGAAAACUUAAGAGUGAAUAUUUUGCUGAUGCAUUUACUUGCUAAUUUGACUACAGUCAAUUAGAUGAAUUCAGCAUAUAGCUGGGGGGGAAAUAAAAAAAAAAAAAAACAAAACAUGCCAAACAAACCCCAAACUAUCAUGCUUCUGCAAAUAAUUCCUCUAAACUUAUCUUCCCAUUUGUUGUGACUAUUUUUAGACUACAAGUUCAUAUUGAAAACCAGUGUUUAAUACAGCUAGAUUUUUGGGGAAGAUACUUUUACACAUUCAGUAGUAUGUUAAGUACCAGUAGGUAAAACUUAAGCAAAGCAGUGUUUUAAACUCUGAAACAUUUAAAAAACAAGUAAAAUGCUUGGUGUAAAACAUUUAAAAAACAAUUAAGUAAAAUGCUUUGUGUAUCUAAUUCUACAUAAGGAUCAGCCCCGUCUAUAUAACUGUGAAAGCUAAUUUACAGAAUGUGAAUUUUUAUAAAAAAUCUCAACCUGAUUUGAAGGAGUCAUCUUCUUUAACUAAAUGAAAAUUUUCAACCAACUAAAUUCAUUCAUUGAAUCAAUGAUUUGUUUCAUUACUGUCAAUGAAAAAUAUUCACUGCUUUAGGAACAAAACUUGGAUUCACGUUCAAGUGUUUCCAUUUCAUUUGCCUGUUCAGAGGAACAGUGCUGCACUUAGUGUUCUUGAGGACUACAGCGGGGGAAAUAAAUAAGCCUGUUCUGUUACAGCGCUGCUUCCAUGUGUGACGGUGGCUAAUGCCAAAAUGUAGAUUUGUGUGUGACAGUUCAAAUGCAGCCUGUGCCUUUUUUUUCUGUUGUUGUUGUUUUGUUGUUUUUUUUUUCUUUAAGAAAAGAAUACAAUCUUUUUUUUUGAAAUAAGAUUAGGGUUAGAGGGUUACAUACAUAUAUAUGCUUUUAGUGGAUUUUUUUUAACCUAAUUUUCUCUACUUAAAGGAAAACUGCAGUGCCAUCUUCAACUACUUUCCAUCAAAUUUUGAAGUAUUUAUAUAGGUAGCAAAGAAAAGCUAUUAAUUGCUGUGAAUAACGUUGGUAUCAUUAAUGCAAGGUGCCAUUUUAUCGAGGCUUCUCAGCAGAAAGUUGAUCUUGCUGCUCUCAUGAGAGAUUGAGGAAAUUCAAAUCAGCAUGAGAAUGUAGGAAAGGCACCAAAUUGCUUCCACCAUUCCCAUGCUAACUUGCUUAAUUUAUAGCCAGCUUCUUUAGCAAUUCUUAGAUUCAAGAGUGAAGACUGUCACUUUCACACUGCAGGUUUCCUUUAAGCUGUGGUGGCAGCUACACAUUCAUAGGGAUGGCUGUGCUGCGCCUCUAUUGGUGUGACAUAGAAAAGGAUCUCUGGCUUCCAGGGAAGCUCAGCUUAAAUUUGAGUAUCUUGAGAAGUCUGGUCACUUUCUUGCUGCAUAAAAUUCAUUAGUGCUUAUAAGUAAAUGUAUUUCAAAAGGUAAUUUUUUUUGCAAUUGUGCAUUUUUAGAUAAAUAAAAAAAAUGAUUUACAAAA